CUGUCUCCUGCUCCGCUCCUCUCCUCCCUCUGGUCCGCCGCUUGUAACAAAGACGAGGCAGCAGCAGCAGCAGCAGGCAGUAGUAGUAGUAGCAGCGGGGUGAUGGGAGCCCACACAACACGCCUGACACGCAGACAGACAACAAUGAACUGAACGGACAUCUUUUUUCUUACCCUUUUAACGGCCGUUUUUUCUUUUUCUUCUUCUUCUUCUUCUAAAUGUUCCUCGCGACAGGAGCGGAGUUUUUACCCCGCGCGGCUUUCUGCCUUCCCGACGAGAAGUAAAUAGUCCAAGAUGCUCGACUCAAAGUAGACCCGAAAAAUAAAACAACAACAAAGCGGAACAGUCGAACCCUGUUCGGAGAUGAACUUCCCUCGCUGACGCUCGCCAUCCAAGUCUGUCCUUUGAGUCUCCUCUGACGGAGAAGAAGCCCCCCAGCCUUGAUGGAACGGCCUACGUCGCCCCUCAACCCAGACGUCAAGCGGCGACCGGAGGUCCCCCCGAGAUCGCUGUACAGUGACUCCCGUUCCCUUGUGGGCGGAGGAAGCAGUUCAGGCGCCGCGCAAGGACAGGUGAAGGAAAUAGUCAGACGCAUUACCAAGCAGGAGUCCAUCGACGCAGGAGAGAAGCUGGCCAACGGCGCCGCGGAGCCGUCGCCCCGGAAAGAGGUGAAAACACCACCAGAGGUGAAGCCCAGAUCAGACGUCGGCCCCCAGCCGCAGGCGGGAACGAAGCUGGUGGCACCGCUGGCCCCACCGCUGCCCAAGAAGAGGAGCCGCAUCCCCAAGAAACUAACGGAGAGCGACGGCGUGAGCACAGACGCCCGGCGAUCAGCUCCUGAUGGAAAGGAGGGGGCGGUCCAGACGUCAGGAGCAGCUGAAGCAAAGGACGAGGACACGCUGUACUCCACCCUCGCCCACUACUGCAGCAAAAACUGCACCUGCAUGUGUCACCUGCAGAGACCCGGCAUGAUGCUCAUAUGGGUGCCUGUGGAGGAGCACGAGAACGAGAGGCCAGGGGGGACGGCGAGGGAGGCGGAGCCGAGAGAAGAGAUGGGUGUGAAGGGGCAGAAAGCAGAGAAUGGACUGGAAAAGGAGGUGCUCAGAGAGGAGGAGGAGGAGGAGGGGGGAGAAUGUGAGCUGAAAGCAGAGAACGACAUGGAUGGAACGGAGGAGGUGGACCUGUAUAGAGUGGAGGAGGCGGUGGACGUGGGGAGAGGAGAAACGAAGGCAGCAGAGAAGGAGGUGGAAGAUCAUAGAGCAGAGGAGGGCUGUGGGGGGAUUAAAGAGGUGGAGCAGGGAGGCGACGGCAAGAACAAGGGAGGAGACGAGAAAACGGUGAAAUCCCACAUCCAUCACUCUUUGGAGGUCCUGCUGUCCGAGGGUCCGAGGAGGCCUUCAGACCAGACUCCUCACGCCGCGCUCGCUCGCUGUCGGCCUGUACCCCGACACCAACCUCCGCCUCCUCCACUCCCGAGCCAGGGCCCAGAGGAUGAAGAUGAGAGUAUUUACGAGCUCCAUCUUCCUGGGGCGGCUGAGGACCUUAAGAAGGUCCCAUCGGUGAGGAAGGAUUUGCAGGAUAGUCCUAAAAUAACGGCGCGUAAGCCGGCGCGUCGGGAAAGGCCGGCUAAAAGCUCCUCGGACUCUACGCCUGGAGUGGAGGAUGCACCAGAACCUCCUGCCAUACUGCCCAGGCUUCCCAUGAACGGCCCCGGAAAGGAGAACACCUCCGGGAGAACCUCCCCUGGCAGCGUCCCCUCAUCCCAUAGGCUCAGACCAGAGCCCCCCAAAACGUCGCCUCCAAGCAGCCCUCUGGUUCCUCUCAGACCUCCGCCUGCUCCACCAAAGACAUUUUCCAGGAGCAACAGCACUGCUUCAACGCGCUCCACCAUCUUCCCUGGAAAAGAAAAUAAAAGCAGUGAAAAGAAAGUCGAGACAGAACGGUCUCCAGUCAGAAGGAAGACUUCAUCGAAGUGGGAGUUCCGGCUGACCGACGAGCCUCUGUACCAAACAUACAGCGACUUCGCAAUCAAGAAGGAGCUGCGUCGACAGACCGUUGUCCGAAACAUCAGCAAAACGAGCGUGGACUACGCCAUGGACUUUGCUGCUCGCCUCAGCGACGCAAUGCCUGGAAAGUCCAACAAUGGCCAAGGAGCCAGGGGAAGCGUCGUGCCGGCAGUCAGUCAAAGCACCUUGUGGCAGGAGCUCCCAGCGGUGCGGGACAGCGGGAUGCUGGACCAGCUCACUGCUGACCAAAUCAAGUACCAGGAGAGCAUGUUUGAGGUCCUGACCUCAGAGGCCUCCUAUCUGCGGUCCCUACGCGUCCUCACAGAGCACUUCAUGGAAAACAGGGAGCUGGGAGAAACGCUCAUCAUCAGCGAGAAGAAAACCCUCUUCUCCAACAUCCAGAAGGUCCGCGAGGUCAGCGAGAGGUUCCUGAAGGACCUGGAAGACCACAUAUUCAUGGAGAUAGUGUUCCCAGACAUCUGCGACAUCAUCAAAUAUCACGCCCAGCACAACUUCUCCACCUACAUCGACUACAUCCGCAACCAGACCUACCAGGAGAAGACCUACACCCGCCUCAUGAAGACGAACGGCCAGUUCGCCACAGUUAUCAACCGUCUCCAGGAGCAGCCUCAGUGCCAGCGGCUGCCCUUCCUCUCCUUCCUGCUGCUGCCCUUCCAGCGGAUAACACGCAUGAGGAUUCUCAUCGAGAGCAUCCUGAGGAGAACAAAGGAGGGGACGACAGAGGAGCAGACCGCCUCCAAGGCCCUAGCCUGUGUCUCUACGAUCAUCGAUCAGUGCAACAAAGAUGUGGGGAAAAUGAAACAGAUGGAGGAGCUGAUUGAAACCUCUAAGAUGCUGGAGUUUGAUAAGCUCAAGGCCAUCCCGAUCAUCUCUGAGACGCGAUAUCUGGAGAAGAAGGGAGAGCUCCAGGAAAUGUCAAAAUCUAAAACCUUUGUCAACAUGAGGGCCAGGUUCUCCGUGGUUUACCUCUUCCUUUUUAACGACUGGCUGCUAAUUACUGCCAAGAAAAGCUCGGACCGUUACCUGGUGAUGGACCACGCUCACCGCUCUCUGGUGCAGGCUCAGCCUUUGGGCGAAUGCUUCGGCGGCGGCACCACCUACGAGAACUGCUUCAACCUCGUCAUGCUGGAGAACCACCAGGGACGCACGAUGGAGCGGAUCUUCAAAGCCCCGUCCAAGUCGGACAUGGAGAGAUGGUUGGCGGCUCUCCCCAGCGCCACCAAAGAAGAGGCAGAGGAAGAAGAAGUGAUUUAUGAGGACUGGGAUUGUCCUCAGGUGCAGUGUGUGGAGCAGUACGCUGCCCAGCAAGCAGACGAGCUCAGCCUGGAGCCCACGGAGAUCAUUAAUGUCAUCCGCAAAACCAACGAGGGCUGGUGCGAAGGGAUCCGUUUGUCCGACGGUCAGAAGGGCUGGUUCCCCGACGCCAACGUCAUCGAGAUCACCAACGAGCAUGUCAGGAGAAGGAACAUCAAGGAGCGCUACAGGGUCUCCCAGGCGACGAGGUUGGCCAAAAACCGGAGCCGCUGAACACAUUUACGUCAAAAACGCCUCAGAUGGACGAUAAAGCGAGGACAACUCAGAAGCAGGCAGCGACGGCUGAUUUUUUAGCAAAUAUCUUGUAAAUAAUGCCCUAAGUUAUACCGCCGAGGAAACCGAGAACUAAAAUAAGGUCUUUAAUUGCAGAUGCCGAAACGAACGGUAUGCUGCAUGCACACUAAACACACAUGCCAGUCAUUCUAGGCAUUUCUGCAGAUCCUGCGUUGUUCCUGUAAGCAUAGUAGCAGUUGAGUCAUGAGCAAUCUCCCGUUUCUGCCUGAUACAGAAACCGGUUUACUGUCGCUGGGGAGGACAAGUUUCCAGGAAUCUCUCAGCUGGGAGCGCACUAGAAGUUAGAGCGGCUGAUUUGCCUCAGGAAAUUCAGGAGAUGUAAAGCAAAACUAGCUGUGUAGGAGAGCUACAGCUCCCCCUACUGUUUUAAUUAUUAAACUACUAUUUAGGGGGGGAAAAUGUAUAUAUGUUAAAAAAUGUAAAUUAUAAAAGGGUGUAUUGCAUACCAGCGGAUGUACUUUUAAUUAAAAAAACAUUGAAAUCUU